CAUAUUUUUCCUGUAGCAGUCUAAACCAUCACACAAAUAUGUAACUGCUAUUUUAAAUUCUCACAUCAAAUCCUCGGAAAUAACAUAAAAAUGGAAUGAAACGCCAUUUCCCAUGAUCCUUUUGAAUGGAGAGCUUUAAAUAGGCCAAACAUAACAGUCCCAGGAUUUCAGAAAACAUGAAAUUGUGUCAGUUUGACUUAUAGUUGUCGGUUUGUGCUGUUAUCAUGCGCAUAAAGGAUUAAUCAUUAAUGUGCGUCAAGAGCGUGAGUGAUCUUAAAGUUCACAGACAGGUACGGUGGCGUUUGUUCAUGCAGGUCUCAGUAAGCUGGAGUUGAUCUGAGAGAUGAAGCGUGUGAAGGCGGUCGUGGUCGGAGCAGGUGUGGUGGGUUUAUCCACAGCAGUGCGUGUCGCUGAGGCGCUUCCAUAUUGUUCCGUUACUGUUAUUGCUGAGAAGUUUUCACCGGAUACCACUGGUGAUGGAGCUGCUGGAAUCCUCUUGGCAAAAGAGUUUCCUGAUAUCCCUAUUGAACGGCAACGGCGCUGGUUCAAGGAGACAUUCGAUCAUCUUCUGGCCAUUGCAGAUUCCCCUCAAGCCGCAGAUGCUGGCGUGUACUUGAGCUCUGGGUACCAUGUUUUUAAGGAGAUUCCUUGCGAAAAAAAGCCAUACUGGUCAGAUUUUGUGUUUGGCUUCAGAUACAUGACUGAUCAUGAAAUGAAACGUUUCCCUAAUCAUAAGUUUGGUCAAGCGUUUACCACAUUAAAGUGUGAAUGCCUGAGCUACCUGCCAUGGCUAGAAAAAAGGUUUAGAGCGGUUGGAGGUCAGAUCAUAUAUGAAAAAGUGACUGAUCUUCAUAAACUGGCCCAGAAUUACGAUGCCAUCCUGAACUGCUCCGGCCUUGGCUCUCGUUUUUUGGUGAAGGAUGAGGAGGUCUAUCCGGUAAGAGGACAAAUGCUAAAGAUUAGUGCUCCCUGGCUGAAGAACUUUGUCCGAGAUGGAGAUGGCUUGACCUACAUCUACCCAGGCAUCAGGUACGUCAAUAUUGGAGGCACACGGCAGGCGGAUGACUGGCGGAUGGAGGUAGAUAAGGAGGACAGCAAGGGGAUCCUGGAGCGUUGCUGCCAGCUGGAGCCGUCUCUGCGGGCGUCUCAGGUGAUGGGCGAAUGGGUGGGCCUGCGGCCGACCAGGGCAAACCCGCGAGUGGAGCGUGAAUAUCUGCAUGUACAGGGCCGUCAGGUACCUUUGGUGCACAACUAUGGUCACGGCAGCUGCGGUGUUACUCUGAGCUGGGGAACUGCGCUGGACACGCUCGAUCUGCUGAGACAGAGUCUGUCUGAAAAACCACCUCAAGCCAGAUUGUGAAUCUGCUGUGUCGUAGUCUUAUAGUGAUGCUGCUUUACAUUGAUUUGCACUGACAGUUCUGCACGUGCCACUGAUGAGAAAUGACACUUUAAUUCAUUUUAGAUGUGUCAUUUGCAUGUAUAAUGUUUAAUGAUAAUUUCUACAUGCACUAAAUUGUAGGUUGUUUCAUUAUGGAAGUAGUUGGAAUAAUUUGUUUACAGAAUCUUUUUUCAGCCUCUGUUGCUUAAACGCAUGAGUACAUGAA